AUGACUGCUGCGUUUCUGGGAGUGGCGGUGUCCCUCGCCAAAACCCUAAUAUCCCCCUGCGCUCCGCCGUGCUGCAACGCCUCGUCUUCUCUCGUCCCCUCCUCGUCGGCUGCUUCCUCCGGCAGCAGCGGCGGCGCCGUCUUGAAGCCGCAUGAGACCCGUGGCGGCGUGGUUAUCUGCAGAAGCGGCGGAACCGCCGCCGCCCCCCGCCCCACUAAUGUCGCCGACGAUGCUUCUCUUUCAGAGAGGCGGCCGAGGACCGACGGUGGGUGGUCGCGGCAUGCUCUUCUUCUUCCAUCUGUUGUUUCUGGUGAAAUUGAUGCCGCUCUUGGUGUUCCAUCUCAGGGAUCGUCCACCUCCUCCGCGAAUUCGGAUUUGACGGCGAAGGAGCUCGGGCCCUCUUGGAUACCCACCGGCACAUUGCGCUGCUUGGUGUGGACUCCCUCCGCCGGCGCCUGGUCGCCCUUCUGUCGGCUGGCAUUUCCGGCUUCGCUGUCCCCGACACGGUGGCCAAGCUCCCGGAGAUCCUCACGUCGGAGAAAAUAGAGCGGCUCCUCAACUUCAUUGCGAACGAUCUCGGCGGGAUCGAACCGGCCAAGCUCGAGCGGCUGCUGACGACGACGCGCGCCUCGGCGCUCGCGGAGCUCCCGGAGAGGGUCGCCCUCCUGGUGGACCACGGCGUGCCGCGCGAGAAGCUGGGGAAGGUCGUUAAUGGCGUCAACGUCAAGAAGGCCUUCUGCGCGAGGUCGAUGGAGGAGGUGGAGGAGACGAUCCUCCUCCUGAGGCGCCUCGGCGGCGGCGGCGCGGACCUGAUCCUCCGCCGGCCGCUGCUCCUCAAUCUGGAUCCGGCGACGCAGCUGAUCCCGCGCAUCGAUUUCCUCACGGAGCUCGCCGGAGGGGACGCCGAGGAGGCGGCGAGACUGAUCCGGAAGCUCCCGAACAUCCUGGCCUACACUGUGGCGCACAUCGAGCUCCACUUGGAGUUCUGGCUCUCCGUGGGGCUCACCAGGGAGCAGGUCUUCAAGGUCGCGCUCGUCUACCCGAGCAUGUUCAGCGUGAGCAGGGAGAGGAAGCUGGUCCGCCGGGUGGAGUUCCUAAGGCGCUGCGGGCUGGAGGGCGAGGACAUCUUCAAGUUCCUGGUGAAGGCGCCGCUCUUCCUCAGCCUCUCCAGCGAGAACCUCGCCAAGAAGCUGGCCUUCCUGGUGAAGAUCGGCUACCGCCACGGGACGAGGGAGAUGGCGGCGGCGGUGGGCGCCGUGACGCGGACGAGCUGCGAGAACCUGCAGGGGGCCGUGGAGGUGCUGCUGGGCUACGGCUUCGGGGUGGCGGAUGUGCUGGCCAUGAGCAGGCGCCACCCGCAGGUCCUUCAGUACAACUACGAGUCUUUGGAGGAGAAACUCGAGUACCUGGUGGGGGAGAUGGAGCGGGACGUGGAGGAGCUCCUCGCCUUCCCCGCUUUCCUCGGCUACAAGCUGGACGACCGCAUCAAGCACCGCUACGAGGUGAAGAAGGAGGUCAGGGGCAAAGGCAUGUCGCUCAACAAGCUCCUCAGCGUCUCUGCGGAGAGGUUCCAUGAACAGGCCAUCAAGCAGCAGAGUGGCUGA